CCUCACGUCACUUCCGCCCCUGGGCUGCAUGAUGGCGGUGUCCAUGGCGGUGCUGGCGCAUUGACUUCGCCUGCAGUUUUUUUUGCGGUUCGCUCGCCACCGAAAUUCAAAGACCCCGGGACCCUCGUGUGUGCGUGUGACAUUGCCCCGGAACCCUUUUUGCCAGUGAACAUUUGGACCUCAGGUCAUGGCGCUUCACAGACUGUCCGUCAGACUACGGCAAACGGUAACACAUGUAAGGAGCCUUCACACCACUGGGGGUGGGUCGCAGCAGCAGGAGUCUGUGGCUGUAGAGUCGGAGCCUGAGCCUUUCUCCGUUUUCAGAACGCAGGAAAAUGAUCCGGCAUUCCAGUCUGACAAACAUAUCGGACAGUAUUACACUCUGCCCUCUGCACACAUCAGCACUGCGUUCCCUCAUGGCCUCCCAUGGCGUUAUACACAACAGGUGAAGACAUUCAAUGAAGCUUGUAUGAUGGUGAGGCAGCCGGCGCUGGAGGUCAUCUCAUACCUGAAGAAAACAGACUACAGCAAACCUGCGCUGAGACAUUUAUUCUAUGGGUUGAAGGGCAGCGGGAAAACAAUGUCUCUCUGUCACACAGUCCACUUCUGCUACACACAGGGAUGGCUGGUGCUGCACAUACCUGACGCCUUCCUCUGGAUGAAGAACUGCAAAGAGCUGCUGCCUUCCUCCUAUAAGAACUCGCGCUUUGACCAACCAUUGCAAGCUGUAGAAUGGUUGCGCGGCUUCAAAAUCACAAAUGAGCAAUUCCUUUCAAAGAUAAAGACGAAGCAGCGUUACGUGUGGACAAAGAGGGAGUUCACUGAGGAGGGAAGUCUACUUGGACAGCUGGUGGAUCAGGGUAUAUCUCGUGUGAAGAGCAGCAGUGAUGUUGUGGGGGCAGUGAUGAAGGAGCUGAGGCUGCAGAGCGGGCAGCCCGAGUCAAACUUCCGCCUGGCCGUGGCUGUGGAUGGUGUCAACGCCCUGUGGGGAAGAUCCACCAUCAAGAAGGAGGAUAAGAGCUAUGUGGACGCAGAGGAGAUCACUUUGGUUCAUAACCUGAAGAAGCUGAUGAAGAAUGACUGGACUGGAGGCGCCAUCAUCGCCACUGUGUCUCAGACGGGGUCUCUCUACGUUUCAAAAUCUGCCUACUUGCCUCAAGAGCUGCUGGGAGAGACCGGUUUUGACAACUUGGACCCGUUUAUCCCGGUGGCGGUGCCAAACUACAGCGAGAAGGAGUUCGAGAGCUGUUACCUUUACUAUCUGGACCGCCACUGGCUGCAGCAUCCACACAGCCGAACAGAGGAAGGGAAGAAAGAGCUCAUCUUUUUGAGCAACAGGAAUCCAACGAUGUUUGAUAGAAUUUGUUCCUCCCUAUGAAGUCACAGAUGUGAUCACACACAUCAAACUCUGUAUCACACUGAAUAUAUCUGUGUCCCGGGAAAAGAAAAACAAACAAAUGUCCAUUUCUAUAAACGUAUAAAUUAUAAUGCAUGUGUGUUUCUUUGAUAAUAAAAUGUUGAACAAAGUAUUUGUUUAAUAAUCAUUCA